AUGAUAAGAUAUGAUGAUGAUAUGAUAAGAUGGCUCGUAAUGAGCAACGAAAAUUACACCACAUACUGCGGAGACGUUGAUGAGAUGAAAGAGACUCGCUGGAAAUGCUCCAAGACAAGGGAAUUAGGCGAUGGCUACAAGCUCAUCUACCACGGCACAUCAAAUCGCAAUGGCUUUGGUAUCAUAUUGAACGAGUCGCUUAAAAACAGCGUCACAGCGGUGGAUCUACUAUCGGAUCGCCUGGUGGCUGUAAAAAUAGACACAGGAGAAGUGGAAUUGCGAGUCGCCUCUGCUUAUGCGCCACAGGUGGGCUGUAGUGAAGAAGAGAAGGCGUGCUUUUGGGAAGUUCUGGAACAGUACGUCCAAUCCCUGGAAGGCGAAGAAGUAUUUCUAAUCGGAGGAGACUUCAACAGACAUGUCGGUUCUCGGAAAGACGAGUUCAAAAGUUGUCAUGGUGGAUACGGUUAA